UUUCACAUAUCACGUUUCUCUACAAGACUAGACUAGAUACACCUUUAUCGCCCUGUCCUAAAGAAAAAACCAAAAGGAAAAUUCCGCAGUCUUUUUCUCUGCUUCAAUUUCUUAUCAAACUCAGAAUCCAUCAACAAAAAGAAUAAUUGCAAUUUGUGAAGAAAAGCCACCAAAAAAUUGGAACAAAAAAGUAUACAGUAAUAAAAUCGGAAUAAAUUUCAAGGUUAUCGGCGGACGAUGGAUGUUGAUCCCCGGCAAUAUGAAGACAUUGCUGUCAAUGACAAUGAUGUUCACAGCAUUGUCAUGUCAUAUCUCGCACAUAGUUGCUUCACAGACACGUGGGAAUCAUUUACUGCCUCGACUGGUAUGAAGCAGACUGCUAAUAAUCUGGAGGAUAUGGAGAAGAGAAAAAGGAUUUAUCAUUUGGCAUUAGAGGGGAGUGUUUUGAAGGCCAUUGAACUUACAGAGCAGUUUGCUCCCGACUUAUUAGAGAAAAAUAAGGAUCUGCAUUUGAAGCUGUUGAGCCUUCAUUUUGUUGGACUUGUCUGCUCAAGAAAAUGCACAGAAGCUCUGGAAUUUGCGCAGGAGAAGUUGGCUCCUUUUGGGAAGGUGCAGAAAUAUGUUGAAAAUCUUGAGGACUUCAUGGCUUUAUUAGCUUAUAAUGAGCCAGAAAAGUCACCCAUGUUUCAUCUAUUAGGCUUGGAGUACAGGCAACAAGUUGCCGAUAGUUUGAAUAGAGCAAUACUUGCAAAUUCAAACCUCCCCAGCUAUUCUGCGGUUGAAAGGUUGAUGCAGCAGACAACUGUCGUAAGGCAAUGCUUGAGUCAAGAAUCCAGUAAGGAAGGAUAUCCACCAUUUUCUUUGAAAGACUUUUUGAAGAGCUAGGUGAGCCAAUUUAGGAACAUGUUUCCAGCACUCGGAGUAGCAAUUCUCCUCGUUGAAGUCGUUUGGCAUCUAGAUUUGCAUUGCCUACUUUCCGAAAGCAAAAAAAUGGCAUGGCUGAUCAUGGAUUCUACGACGUUUUUAAGACCUCACGAAUCAGCCUUUAAGGAAACUUGUGGGAGUAUUAAGUUUUACUGAAUACCACAAUAGCACAUGUGGCGAUCUGUUUGUACUAAAAAUGUCACAAGUGCAUGAAUGUGUUAGUCAAAUGUUCUGUUUAAAUGAAAUUUCUUAAGCGUUCCAUAUGAGAAGAUUAGCCUAAAUAAAUGAUCGAUAAGUA